AUGGGUGAUUCAAAUAAAUCUUACUGGUCUUUUGAAGAUGAACAUUGUUUACCUUAUAGUACUACUACUACUACUACUACCACUACUAUUAUUGCAACGCCGACAACAACAACUACUACUAUCACUGCUACUACCGAUACUGGCAGCAGUACAACAGAUGCUUCAUCUUUGCCUUUUCCAUUACCUACUAUGACUAUUCCAGUUAGUACUACAGAUGUCAUUUAUCCAGUUCAUAGACUAGAAAACCAAUUUUAUGCAAGAGCAGUAGAAAGGAGAGGAUUACAACAAUCAGAAGGAUUAUUUAUUGAAAGUACUCCAAUAUGUCAAGAAUUCAGAAACAUUUUAUAUUUUUCUCAAGAUCAGAGGCAAAUACCAUCAUAUGCUAUGGAGAAGUCGAACGUACCAUUUCCAAAAUCUUCUCAGAAAUCAACUACAUAUAUUCCUGAAAUCGGUGAACAUGGAAAGACUCAGGGCUGCUUUACACCAUCUUCAUUUAGCUAUGGUGAAUCUAGUGUUUAUCACUUUACUACUAGUCAGAUUGAACAAGAAUCUAGAACAACAUCUUCAUAUACCUCUGCAUGCGCAGCAUCUGGAAGUUACACUCAGUUUCAACCAAGGCGAUCAUUUGAAUUCGAAAGAGAAAAGUUCCCUUAUCAAAGCAGAACACUUGAAUAUCCAUCACUCUCUUCGUACAAAUUCUUAAAACAAGAAUCCUCCACAUGUUCUGACCCGCCUACUUUUACUUCACAAAGCAUCCCACCUAUGGAAAGCAAAGGUAUAAAAUUGCCUGUAUCUUUUAUGAAACCGGAGGUGCAUACUUUGCGAACACAAAAAGGAUCACAUUUACAAGAACAUAGUCAUACGCAGUUCUCUAUUUCACCUACACAAAAACUCCUUCAAAGACACUAUUCAGUUCCUGAAGGGCCGAUACUUGAAAAGCCAGAUAUAUAUCAUCUUUCACAACCGAAAUCGGCUCCAUCUGAACAAGACUAUAGUGUAUCAUACUCCAAAGAUUAUUUUGAUGUCUUUUCUAUCAGACAGUCAUCCAGACCAUUAAGUACUGAAACUUUUGCGAGUUAUAUGGCAGAUUUUAGUACAUCUCCAUCUCUCUCUAUAGAGCCAGGGCCAUCAACGAUGAUGUACAAAACAUUUACUCCCUCUACUGCUACCCAACCUUCCACUUCAACAAGACAAAAUGUGACUGGUGAAUCUUCGGAAAAACGCCGAUAUUGCUGUCCCGAACUAGAAUGUGGAAAACGAUUUGCUCGCCCAGAUGAACUUAAAAGGCAUCACAGAAUACACACUGGAACCAAACCAUUUAUGUGUAAAUACUGUCCACGUUCGUUCGGUCGUUCUGAUCACUUAAGAACACACACGCGUUCUCAUACUGGUGAAAGACCAUAUACAUGUGAGUCUUGUGGACGUAAAUUCGCUCGAUCCGACGAACGCACAAGACAUAAGAAAGUUCACAGUUGUGGCGUCGUUAAAGAUACUCAAUUGGGUGAAAGCUCUUUUUCUGGCAAAACAACCCAGUUACCAUGUCCACAAGAACAGAUAGCCACAUAUUCACAUGAACAGCUCUUAAGUACGUCAGUAUCUGAAACUUCAACACAAGGAUCAUACUUAAGUUCUGUUAUUUUCCAGCCAUCUGUUUAUCCACCGCUUCCCUGGCAAACGACUUCCAUUGAAUCUAACCCUAAUAUUCCACAACUCCACGAAAUUCCAAUGGGAACGUUAUCUCCUUUACCAUGUUGUCAACCAACACCGAUGUCACGUUUGUUAUAUCCGAAUAUUACAUCAUCACAACCUAUCAAUACGUUGCCUGAAUGGAAAACAUAUACAAUUUCGCCACAGAUCCAUCCAGUUACAACAACCGAUUCCACAUAG